UGGCCCCGCGGUUUUGCGUUUCUCGCUGAGCCACCCGCACACUCAACACUCACCCUCCACUCUGCUCACUCACCUCUCUCUCUAUUCCCAUUCAGAACCACCCGCCAGGUCAAUCCACCACCAUCACCUCCUCCUCCUCUUGCAGCUCACGCUCAACAAGCGGUCCCCGAAUUUAAUCGCACCCAGCCAAACACCAAAUUGACCAAUGGCUUCCACGAGGUCCACCACAGUGCGCAGCAGCUCCACCAGGAUCAGCGUGGGCGGCAGCGGCGGUUCGCGAGGCUUCAGCAGCGCCUCGCUGUCCGCCGGGGGCCGCUCGGGAGGGCGCAAGAGCGGCCUCUCGUCCGCCAGCUACAGGAGUGGCGGUGGCGGCGGCUUCGGUGGCUUCUCGGCCUCAUCGGCAGCGAUGCUGAGCGGGCCGCCCCCGGAGAUUGACCGCAGCGUCCUUCCCGUGCGCACCCAGGAGAAGGAUCAGAUCAAGGGCCUCAACGACCGCUUCGCCAACUUCAUCGACAAGGUGCGCUUCUUGGAGCAGCAGAACAAGGUUCUGGAGGCGCAGUGGAGGGCUCUGCACGAGCGCGGGACGGUGGUGAGCGGCCUGGACGGGCUCUUCGAUGCCUACAUCAGGGGCCUCAAGCAGCAGCUGGAGAGCCUGUCCAACAACAAGCUGGGCCUGCAGAACGAGCUGCAGGCCAUGCAAGGACACGUGGAGGACUUCAAGACCAAAUACGAGGAGGAAAUCAACACUCGCACUGAGCGGGAGAACGAGUUCGUGGUCGUCAAGAAGGAUGUGGACGACGCAUUCCUCAACAAGGUGGAGCUGGAGGCGAAGCUGGAGGCUCUGCAGGACGAGAUCGAAUUCCUCAAGAAGAUCUUCUCAGAGGAGCUGCGCCAGCUGGAGUCGCAGAUCCAGGACACGAUCCUGACGGUGGAGAUCGACACGAGCCGCAACCUGGACGUGGAUGGCCUCAUCGCCGACGUGCGCGCCCAGUACGAGGCCAUCGCCGCCAAGAGCAAGGCCGAGUCGGACGCCUUCUACAGGAGCAAGUUUGCCGACCUGAACGCGAUGUCCGGCAAGGGCGACGACGACCUCCGCCAGAGCAGGAGCGAGAUCGCCGACAUCAACCGGCAGGUCCAGCGCAUCAAGGCCGAGAUCGAGGCCCUCAAGAAGCAGCGCGCCCAGCUGGAGGCGGCCAUCGCCGAGGCGGAGGGCCGCGGGGAGCUUGCCAUCAAGGAGGCCAAGGAGAGCAUCGCCCGCCUGGAGGAAGAGCUGCACCAGGCCAAGCAGGACAUGGCCAAGCACGUGCGCGAGUACCAGGAGCUCAUGAACGUCAAGCUGGCUCUGGACAUCGAGAUCGCCACCUACCGCAAACUGCUGGAGGGAGAGGAGUCCAGGCUGCAGAAUGUGACUGCUGGGAUGGCCAACCUGGGCGGCAUGGGAGGAUAUGGAGGCUACAGUGUCUCAACUUCCUACGAGACGUCCAGCAAGAGAAGCUACUAAUGCAGAGCCGCUCCCAACAUCGCUCAACCCACCCCGAGGGCCAGCACGUGACAUUGUGGCCCGCAGCCCAGGGCGGCUCGGUUCGGCAGUGUGCAUUCUAACGACGCGCUCACGUCCCCUUUUCCCACGUGUCACUCGAAACCCCGGUGGGUCAGUGGUUCCCUACCUGGACCGACUGUCCACGGAACUGCCGCAGGUAAAAAUGAUCCGGUGCUGGUGCGGCUGCGUUGGCAGUGGUGCAUGAGCACAGCUAACAACAGCAGCAGCAGCUCAAUGCAUUCGUCAAUAACACCACCGUGGCCUUAAAAAUAAAUAUAUGAUAGGCGACGCUUCGGAUAAUGGCCAUUAUUGUGCCCUGAAGGGCCGUUGCCCGAAACGUCGCUAAUUAUAUCUUUUUUUGCUUGAGGUUUUAUUUUUGCUGGCAGAUACAAUUUUGAGUCCCUUUGAAUAAAAACAGAACAGGUGUGGAACCACUGCGUUAGACGAAGUAGUUUUUUUUUUUUUGCCGUGUCCUGAAACGUAUAAGUUGGUUUUUUUUCUAAAUUGUUUUGCGCGUCCAAUAGAAUGUGCACUGGCGACCCGCGGCUUCCCCUCCCCCUCUGGCUGUCUGGUGUGAUUCGCAAAUUGGCUCUAAAAAGUGAAUCGGCGCUUGAGUGUGUGGGUCUCUUCGGAGGUGGGUGGAAGUUCGCUUUGGUUUGGACACUGGCAUCUGUAGGUCGUUUUAGUCCCGGAUUUAAAGGAAAGAAAGAAAAUAAAUACGGUGGUGUCGGCGGUGGGGAGGGAGGGGUUGUGGGCGAGCCUUUUAGUAAUAGCCAGAAUGAUGCAAUGGCCGGUAUAGCUGUCAAAAGUGGUCGUAUUUUGUUGCGGGAGGUGCUGCUCACCCCAGCCUGUCGUCCCGCGGGCGCACUUAGGGGGGGGGACGGGAUCUGACAUAUAUAACGACUUGCUGAGCACCAACACAGGAGCGCCCCGUGAGAGAGAAGGUAACCGUCAGAUCAUCCGUCAGCUCGCGGUUGAACGCCAUUAUUGACCUCUCCCGUCUAACGCAGCAAGCGUGCAACGGGGCCCUUCGUACUGCGGUGGUCCGCUUGACCGUGCAUCGCCCGCGCCGGCUCGGUGUCGGGUUGGCGAGGGCGCGGGAGCGUAGAAGUACGGCACAACAACGGAAAAAGCCACGCUUGCGACGCUCGACGAUUAUUCGGGAAGCGCGGGCAGCGUACGGUGGCACUUCGCACGCGCGCGGGGCUGGCGGUGUGUCGGUGAGGUCACGUUGACAGCUAAGCGGUCCGCAGAAUGCAUUGCGAGUGGGUUGAUUGGACGCACUGGAGCAGCAGCAGCACGAGCAGUGGAUGUCACAGGUGGCUUUGGUCAGUGCCCAUGCAUUGUCGUCAUGGCAGGGGUUAACCUCUCUUAUACGUACUCACGUGUACCGGAAAUAAUAAAAGCAGCUUCGUGAAUUCCCACCGCG